GUCAUUCAUGCCGUCAAUUCAUUUUGGACGUGGUUUGAUUAAAUCAUAUUAUCAGCGAUAAAUUUCUUUUCACAUAAUUGCAUUUGCAGUGCAUUCAUACAAACGGUGAGUCCUGAAUUUAUGUAUACUUUUCUAAGUUGCCGUAUAUGAUUUCACAUGGCAUCAUAUGCGACAGCUUCUUGGGAAUUUGUUUUUUUUUUUGUUCUAAUUUUUUUUUUCGAUUUUUAAGCGAAAACAUAUGUGCAUACGGGAAAAAUGCCACCAGCCAGACGAGCAAAUAUAGGUCGGCGAACGCGUAAUGCAAAUGAUGUGGCAUUACUAAGACGAUCACAGACUGCAGAUGAACGCGCACAAGCUAAUGCAUCGCAGCGUGAACGUAAUGCACGCAAUAGAUUUGUUAACCCAGUACCUGUACUGAAUCUUGCACGGCCAUCACGAAUACGUCGUGCUGUUUUGGCUGAAAUGAUGCGUGCUGCUUUUAAUUACAACAGUCAGAUUGAUUAUAGUAUGUAUGGAUACAUUGGAAUGAUGGACGCAAUAUGUCCACAUUGUGAUGCGGCUAACUUUCGAGGUGAAACACCCGGCAUGUGUUGUGCUAAUGGCAAAGUGAGAUUGCCAGCAUUAGAAACUCCACCCGAACCAUUGUAUUCAUUUAUUUUUGGGACAUCGCAAGCGUCGAAGCACUUUCUGAGUCAUAUUCAACAAUACAAUUCGGCAUUUCAAAUGACUUCUUUUGGUGCAACUAAAAUUAUUAGAGAUAAUUUUAUGCCGACGUUUAAGAUUCAGGGCCAGAUUUAUCAUCAAGCUGGUUCGUUAUUGCCAUACCCCGACGCUGAUCAUCAAUUUUUGCAAAUUUAUUUUAUUGGUGAUGAAAAUUGUGAAUUGGAUCAACGUUGUGCAAUUGUUUCGAAUACAAGACGAGAAAUUAUUCGUGAGCUACAAAGGUUUUUCCAUCAGCAUAACGCAUUAGUUCAAUUGUUUAAAAUUGCUCUCGAUCGUAUGCCAACUGAUAAUCACAAAAUCGUAAUAAGAGCUGAUAGAACACCUUUUGGAGAGCAUGCAAGGCGAUUUAAUGCACCAACAAUUGAUGAGGUUGCAAUUGUAAUUCUUGGUGAUCAGUUUCAAUCCCGUGAUAUUGUACUUCAUCGUAGAAAUGAGCAAUUGCAACGUGUUUCGGAACUUCAUCGUAGUUACGAUGCAUUACAGUACCCAAUAUUGCAUUGGAAAGGUGACGAUGGUUACCAUAUCAAUAUACCAAUGAUUGAUCCACGAACAGGUAAAUAAAUGACCUAUUUUUAGUGUGUUGACAUUUCAUUUCUACAACUUUCUAAAGUCACAUUUUGUAAUUAUUAUCAGGUCUACAUAUACAGCAGUCGAUGGGUAUUCAGGCAUUUUCAAAACAGAUGCAAUUGGGAGAAUGUAUACAGUACAUCCAAACAAUGCUGAGUGUUUUUAUUUGCGAUUGCUAUUAGUUAACGUCAAUGGCCCAAAAUCAUUUCAAGAAUUAAGAACAGUCGACGGUCAUUUGUGUCAAACAUAUCGUGAAGCAUGUCAACUCUUGCAUUUGUUGGAGGAUGAUGCACAUUGGGAUUCAACACUUAAUGAUGCAUCUACGUCAGCUCAUCCACAACAAAUACGAAUGCUAUUUGCCAUUAUAUUAUCGACAUGUAUGCCAUCAAAUCCACUUGAAUUAUGGAACAAAUAUAAAAAUUAUAUGGCAGAAGAUAUUUUAAUUCGUAUGCGUCAUCAUGCAAGAAAUCCUGAUUUGUUGAUUACCUUGGAAAUGUGCAACGAAGCUUUGAUAAUAAUUGAAGAUAUAUGUCUAACGAUUGCAAAUAAAGCAUUAGUACAAUUGGGUAUGACCGCACCAAAUCGUCCCAUGCAUGAUUUGUUUGAUCGUGAAUUGCAACGUGAGCAGGAAUUCAACUGUAAUGAUUUGCGUUUAUUUGUACAAUCGAAUAUAACCAAAUUAAAUAUUCAGCAAAAACAUGUAUAUGAUACAAUCAUGCAAGCCGUUUCCAAUAAUGCAGGUGGAUUAUAUUUUUUGGAUGCACCUGGUGGCACAGGUAAAACGUUCGUUAUAUCAUUGAUUUUAGCGACUAUUCGAUCAGAUCAGAAAAUUGCACUAGCACUUGCAUCUUCGGGAAUUGCUGCUACAUUAUUAGAAGGUGGUCGGACCGCACACUCUGCAUUAAAAUUGCCAUUGAAUGUACAGGUGAUUGAAACUUCAACUUGCAAUAUAUCGAGAAAUUCUGCUAUGGCAAAAGUUCUGCGAUUAACGUCAAUUAUUUUAUGGGAUGAGUGUACAAUGGCGAAUAAAAAAUCACUAGAAGCAUUCAAUCGAACAAUGCAAGAUUUACGUGGUAAUCAACAGCUUUUUGGUGGUGCUUUGAUAUUACUUUCAGGGGAUUUUCGUCAAACAUUGCCUGUCAUUCCUCGAUCAACUCCUGCUGAUGAAAUAAAUGCCUGCUUGAAGUCAUCAGUUCUUUGGAGAUAUCUACAAAAAUUGACACUAAACAUUAAUAUGCGUGUUCACCUAAAAAAUGAUCCAGCUGCCCAUGAGUUCUCAAAACAAUUGUUAGAAAUUGGUGACGGCAAAAUACAAAUCGACAGAACCAACGGAUUGAUCGCUAUAGACGUUCGGGACGAGAGGAAAAGUGGCAUUAGACCGUCCGAUGUGGUAAGAUUGUCUGCCACCAAUGUGCACGCCUCAAGUGACAAUGACCAUUCUGUUAAGAGCAAACAGACGCAGAUGAAAGAAAAAGGUUUUAAAACAAAAAGGUAA